GAGAGAGAGCAGUUGCUAAAAACACACACAGUGAGAUCAGAGUGAAAGAUGGAAUGUUCAGACAAGGCGGUGGAGGCAGUGAUGGUGGGAAGUUACGUGGAAAUGGAGACGGAAGGAAAGGCGACGGACAUGAAAUCAAAAGUGUCGAGUCUGUUCUGGCACGGCGGCUCCGCCUACGACGCCUGGUUCAGCUGCGCUUCUAACCAGGUGGCACAGGUGCUGCUGACGUUGCCUUACUCAUUUUCGCAGCUGGGCAUGAUGUCCGGAAUCAUGUUCCAGCUCUUCUAUGGUUUGAUGGGAAGCUGGACCGCUUAUCUCAUCAGCAUUCUCUACGUUGAGUACCGUACCAGAAAACAACGAGACAAAGUUGAUUUCAGAAACCAUGUCAUUCAGUGGUUUGAAGUUCUUGAUGGGCUGCUGGGAAAACACUGGAGAAACGUUGGUUUGGCUUUCAACUGCACUUUUCUUCUCUUUGGAUCCGUCAUUCAACUCAUUGCUUGUGCUAGUAAUAUAUAUUACAUAAACGACAAUUUGGACAAGAGAACAUGGACAUACAUAUUCGGAGCAUGUUGUGCAACAACAGUGUUCAUACCAUCUUUCCACAACUACAGAAUUUGGUCUUUUCUUGGUUUGAUUAUGACCACUUACACUGCCUGGUAUCUCACCAUCGCCUCUCUUCUUCACGGCCAGGUGGAGGGUGUUAAGCACUCGGGUCCAACAAGAAUGGUUUUAUAUUUCACUGGCGCCACCAACAUUCUUUACACAUUCGGCGGCCACGCUGUUACCGUAGAGAUAAUGCACGCAAUGUGGAAGCCACAAAAAUUCAAGGCAAUUUACCUAUUAGCCACGCUGUAUGUGUUGACUUUGACCCUACCAUCAGCAUCAGCUGUUUAUUGGGCCUUUGGAGAUUUGCUUCUCAAUCACUCCAAUGCUUUUUCCCUUCUUCCUAAAUCACCCUUCAAGGACAUGGCUGUAAUUUUGAUGCUCAUCCACCAGUUUAUAACGUUUGGAUUUGCGUGCACGCCGUUGUAUUUCGUGUGGGAGAAGGCUAUAGGCAUGCAUGAGUGUAAGAGCAUGUGCAAGAGGGCGGCGGCGAGGUUGCCUGUGGUAGUUCCGAUAUGGUUCUUGGCUAUUGUUUUCCCGUUUUUCGGCCCGAUUAAUUCCACCGUCGGAUCGCUUCUUGUUAGUUUUACGGUCUACAUUAUCCCAGCUUUGGCUCACAUGUUCACCUUCAAAUCAGCUUCAUCUCGCGAGAAUGCGGUUGAGCAGCCAUCGAAGUACUUUGGAAGGUGGGUAGGCACGUAUGUGAUCAACAUAUUUAUAGUUGUGUGGGUUCUGAUUGUAGGGUUUGGAUUCGGUGGAUGGGCAAGCAUGACUAACUUCGUCCACCAAAUCGACACAUUUGGGCUAUUCACUAAGUGUUACCAAUGCCCGCCUCAACUGCCGCCACACAUGGCCAACGCCACCGCUCCUCUACCACCUCCCUUUGCCUUUGGAAAUGCCACUCAUCUGUCGCCACAUCCCAACUCCCCUUGAAAGCUUUCACCACGACUAUCAGAAAACGUGGGAGAUGAACUGGAAACAAAAUUGUGUGCUUUGAUCACGGGAAUCAAGUUUUAUUGAGCAUUAAUGCAGUCGAUAAAAAAAUGAAUGAAAUGUAAUCCAGAUUAGGGAUUUAAUAUGUUAGCCAUUACUUUAAUCAUGCAAUGGAUAAAUUUCGUAAUUCAAAACGGAUGUCGAUUUCAUUA